AUGUACGCAGUUACUUUGCUUGCCGUUACUCCGCUGGCGUCUCGCCUGCCUGUCGUCAGCAGAACCAACGCUGGCCGUUCUAUCGGUUCCUACGCCCUUCGCUUUACUUGGAGGUUCAUGGCAUCCGAUGCUUCAAAAGGAACGGCAUUCUUGGGGACAUUUUCAAAUAAAAGCGGCUCGGAGAAUGCCAAUAGCCAAACAACCGUCAAUGCAGAUGCACAGGAUAUUCUCCAGCGGUCUAAAGGGGAAGACCACACCGUCUCUCAUAGACACCGCUUGAGCCUUCGUCACUAUCCAGCAGAUUGCCCCCCUCUAAAAGUGCGAUGGUUCUACGCGGUAGACUCACCCAAGUGGAAGCCGUCUUUGUCCGACCAGAAGAGGGAAAACCCGAAGCCCCUGCCGCAACCUAAGAAAUUUGUCCCCUUUACGCCAAAGGACUCACAGUCCGUUGAACAUGCCUUCCAGAAUCUUUGUAAUACUGAGGCGGAACGGGAACAGGCUCACUACAACCUGCCCGUGGACAGAGCAUUGAAUGAAUCCGUAAAGGUACCUGUUAACGAAGACUACCUUUUUGAUGUUGACAUCAAUCGACGGGAGUUAGGUCCAUCCUACUGGGUAGGUCCCGUAUAUGAAGUUCGUCGCGGAACGUGGUUCUUUCAAGAAGGGUCAACAAUCAGGCCCUGUGAAGAGAACCUUGCCACUCAGCUUGAGGAGGGCUAUCUAAAGGUGAAACCAUGGCGAUUUGAAAACAUCAAUCAACCAUUCGCCCAGCCUUUACCAGCAUCGAAUGGCCGGGAACAAGAGGGCUAUGGUAAUCCACCUACCAUGUCUAUAAAUGAAACACGAAAAUACCGUCUGUUCGGCUCUUACAUGAACAGUAUUGUCUCUUACCAAGAUGCAACGACGUCUCUUCUCACGAGUGAUGACUUUAUGUCAAGAGUGAGCACAACAGUAUACCAAACUCUCGGGGGUGUCGCAGGUACUAAGCUUGUCCGCGGGUUUAUCGAGACUAAAAAACAGAGCGAUGCGCAAGACAAGAAAGGUUCCGAUCAGAAAUCGACCGGCGACUCCAUACCCGCACCUUCCGGGGCGCUCCCCGCCAGUUCAGCCUCGGCUACCAGGCGAGCAGCCGAUGCCGCAAAAUCCAGCUCCGCGCAAGACCAUCUCCCGGAGGACCCAGCUGAGAUGGGACCUGAAAGAGCUUUAGAGCGGCGUGUUUCGUCCUUGGCUAGCACACAGGAUGCAACUGAGCUCGAAGAGCAGGCGCGUAGGCAGGAGGAAAAGGAGAUGGAAGAUUCAAGGGAGGCAGAUGAUGAGGAUAGGGAAAGAGAGAUAGAUCACUUGGUCUUGGUCACGCAUGGCAUCGGCCAACGCCUAGGGCUGCGCUUGGAAAGUGUCAACUUUAUCCACGAUGUCAAUGUCCUACGCAAAACAAUGAAGAGCGUGUACAAGGCAUCCCCCGACCUCCAGGCUCUUAAUUCAGCCUUCCCAGAUAAACAAAAGAAUUGCCGCAUCCAGGUUCUUCCCGUGUGCUGGAGACAUCUGCUGGAAUUUCCGUACAAAAAGUUUGGGAAAACCCGUAAAGAGCUUGAUCUUGCAGAUGCAGACGCCCUGGAGGACGAUAUUUAUCCUGCUCUAUCUGAUAUCACGCUUGAGAGUGUUCCUGCUGUUCGGAAUCUCAUAUCUGAUCUGGCAGUGGACGUGCUUCUUUACCAGAUGGAGCUCUACAAGAAGAGGAAUUCUUCUUUCAAGGGCUCUGUGAGCCUCUGCGGACACUCUCUCGGGAGCGCAAUUCUAUUUGAUAUUCUCUGCUCUGGAUAUCCCGAGGCGAGAAAGGCAACCCAUUCAGGGGAGAAAGCCGCUUCUGGGGCCUCUUCAUUCGCCUUUGAGUGUGAAGAAUUCUUCUGCCUGGGUUCGCCGGUUGCCCUUUUCCAGAUGCUCAAGGGCAAUAAAAUUGCUGGCCGACCUUUCCUGCAGGAUGAAAAAAGUGAAUUACCAUCCGGAUUGGGUGAGGAAGAUGAAACCGUCAAUGCAACUUUCAACUCUAAGCGUCAAUCCGCCAAUUUCAGCUCCGGGGGCAUGAUAAAUGAGUCUCAAUUCGCGGUAUCUGUGCCACGGUGUCGGCAGUUGUACAACAUAUUCCACCCUUCGGAUCCGGUCAGCUACCGCAUGGAGCCUCUGAUAUCCCCAGCAAUGUCAUCUCUCAAGCCGCAGCCUUUACCAUCAGUGAAGCGAAGCAUAUGGACCGCGUCCGGACAAAGCCUGUCGAUGAUUGGGAGCCGCGUGGGUCAGAGUGUCGGGUCUCUGUGGACUAAUUUCACCUCUGGCGUUGCAAGCAGCUUGCUCAACCGCAGCCUGGGUAUCAGUUCUGACGAGAGUUCUUCACAUAACUCUAGCACCCGCUCCCAACAGCGGUCUUCGUUACAGCCUAACUCUGAUUCUCUGGGAGAUCGCAGUCCGACUUUGAUAGACCCAGAUAUCGAAACACUCUAUGAGGGCUUUCAGAAAGCCAAGCUGAGGCGCCAGAAAGCAGACAGUGAUUCGAAGAGCGAAUUCGAAACAGGACAAGAGGAUAUUGAUCGUGGUCUGAGAAGAUUACGACUAGAAGAUGAGAAGGUUAGGCUCUUGAAUUCAAAUGGGCGAGUCGAUUAUAGCAUACAAGAGGGAGCAUUCGAUAUAUCUCUGAUCGCGAGCCUUGCGAGUCAUCUGAGUUACUGGUCAGACGAGGACGUCAACCAUUUCAUGAUCUCACAAAUGCUGUGCAGAAAACGGUUGCGUGUGGGGAACCGUUGA